UUUGGGAACCAUAUUCGGAUGACUUAAUUGAGAAUCUUCCUGACUAUUGUCGAAUUGGACGAGACAUAUAGUGUGUUAGAGCUCCAAUUUUUUGUUGGGAUGUCGUCGAGGUUCACUUGCCUAAUCGAGUUAUGAGACAAUUUGGAUUGAAACAAACGACACCAACUCCAUUUCUAUUUGAUGCCACACAUUUUCACCAUAAUCGUAGGGGCAGACCAAAUACAAAUUGGAAGUUGGACCAUGCACAAUAGUUGCCUUUUUGGAACCAAGAGCUUCAAUAUAUUUGUGAUGCACCGUUCAAUCGUGAACCACUUCGAUAUGAUGACCCUUACCUUAUUUGGUUCAGACGCAUUACUCGUCUUGUUAUCGGUAAUCCUACUCAACGUCCUCAACAACAAGAAGGUUAUGUACCAAAUUCAACGGCAUAUGAAACAAUGGUGCGUCAUAUUUAUUCCAUGGUUGAUAGAACCAGAGCACUUGGUGAUCAGCCAUCAAUGGAGGAUUUAUACAUAUUUCGUGCAAUGGUCUGGAACGAAGGAGAAAAAUGCUUGACAUAUGUGCACGAGGCUGAUAGGAUUAAUGUACAAGCCGAUUGUAGAAGAGAUGAGGUGCAUGAUGAUCAUUUACAUUCCCCUGUUCGUAGGCGAGGAAAAGGUGGUGUUACUGGUAGGAUGGCUCGUGCUAUUGAGAAAGGACGAACGCCUAUUGAAAUUGACAAAUCAGUCUCCGAAGAUGAUCACACAACUUCUGAUAUUGGUUUCAUUUCAAGGGGCCAAACUCAGGAGUUCACUCCUGGGGCAUCAGGUAUGACAUAUCAACCAACAAAUAUUGAUAUUGUCCCAUACACGAGGUCACAAAUAUUAAGGAAUUCAAGUCUUUCGUCACUUGAGAAUGUAUUUGGUGGUUCUCGGCCUCAACAUUUUGAGAAUGCCCCCAACUUUAAUUCAUCACCUGGGCUGCCAAUGUCCAUUGAGACCCCUAAUGUUGUUAAUCAUUUAGUGGACUCCAACAAUCAUAUAGAAAGUAAUGAGUUGGAUGAUUCCAACAAUGAAGUGGAGAAUGCAAACGAAUGUGGUGAACCAUCAGUGAAGGAGAAACGUACGAUUUUUUCUAAGCGUUGUGGGACUGGGAGUCACUAUCUUCGCCAGCAUGGCAAAAAGAAACAAGCAAAGAGAAACAAAGAACUGUAAUUGAGAGGUUUCAUUGUACUCGUCCUCCC